AUGGCCCUGGAUCUCCAAGACGGCUUCGUCGCCGCCAAUGGCGUCCCGGAUCUCGAGGAGCCCAUCUUCGCCAUCGAGCGCGUCCAGCUACAGUUUUCCGUCGCCGCCGACUUUGUCGCUGCCCAGGUCGCCAACAAUGUCAUCAUCCUCGCCCUUUCCAACGGACGCAUCCUCCGCAUCGACCUAGAACGACCUGAGGAUAUUGAUGACAUCGACUUGCCCAAGAAGCCGUCCGAGGUUGGCGUCAUACGGCGCAUGUUUCUCGAUCCCACCGCGUCCCAUCUCAUCAUCUGCACCGCGCUCGGCGAGAACUACUAUCUUCAUUCCCAGUCGAAACAACCCCGGCCGCUCGGUCGCCUUCGGGGCGUCUCCAUCGAGAGCGUGGCGUGGAACCCUUCGCUGCCCACGGCGUCGACACGGGAGAUUCUAAUUGGUGCCUCCGACGGCAACAUCUACGAGGCCUUUAUCGAGACGUCCAAGGAGUUUUACAAGAAGGAGGUGAAGCAUCUGAAGAACCUACACAAGCUUCCUGAUGGCCCGAUCACGGGGCUGUGGGUGGACAACCUCCAGGACAAGUCGGAUCUCCGAAGGGUGGUGAUAGCCACUCAGAGCCGGUUGUUCCAUCUGGUAGGAAGGAUUGGAUACGGGCAUGACGGUUCAGGGUCUGUGUAUACCCGGUUGUUUGAGUCAGAACAGCCGGUUGUCCAUGAGCUGUCGCGCACAUCAUCGACCGCUCCCUCGAGCUUGGUGGUGUCUCCUGACCCUCCAGAUUCCGGCCCUUAUGACGACAACCUGCCGGACCGAGCAUAUGCCUGGCUGUCUUACCAGGGGGUCUUUCACGGUAGAUUGUUGAAUGGACCCGUAGACAGCAACCUCGGCUCCAAAGUCUUUUCGGAGUCAAAGAUGCUUCCCAAGGCCCAAAUACUGACACCCGAGGGCGCAGACCGACGUCCACCAACGUCAGAGGUGAUCGAUACUAUCGCUCUCACACAGUGGCAUAUUGUUCACCUAGUUGGGGGACGGGUAGUGACGACGAACCGUCUUACUGGCAAGAUGGUUUCUGAGCAUGAUGUUAUUGGUCAAGGACAGAAGCCUCUGGGUUUCUCUGUGGAUAUCCAGAAGAACACCUUCUGGCUGUUCACGUCGGAGGAGAUUUUCGAGAUUGUGGUUCGAGAUGAAGAACGCAACAUCUGGGAGAUUAUGACAAAGCUGCAGCAGUAUGAGCCGGCCUUGCAACAUGCGCGUACGCAGUUACAAAAGGAGACAGUAGCGGCGGCAUACGGUGAUCAUUUGGCUUCCAAGGGACACUGGCUCGAGGCCGCUACCAUUUACGGACGCAGCAACAAGCCAUUUGAGGAUAUCGCCCUCAGCAUCAUCGACAAUAACCAACCCGAUGCUCUUAGGAAAUUCCUACUAACCAAGCUCGCCGCCCUCAAGCGGUCGGCCGUCAUGCAGCGGAUGAUGAUUGCGGGCUGGUUGAUUGAGGUAUUCAUGUCCAAGCUCAACUCGCUGGACGACACCAUCAACACCCAGGCAGAGCUGUCUGAGAACCUAAACUCUACCGACUCACAGAAGCUGCUAGAGUCGGUGAGGAAAGAGUACAGGGACUUUGUCGACAAGUACAAGAAUGAUCUGGACCGGAAGAUGGUAUACGACGUCAUCAGCAGCCACGGCCGCGAGGGAGAGCUGCUCUACUUUGCCAACGCCGUCAACGACUACAACUAUGUGCUUUCCUACUGGGUUCAGCGAGAAAGAUGGAGCGAGGUGCUCAACGUGCUCAAGAAGCAGACGGAUCCCGAGGUGUUUUACUUAUAUAGCAGCGUUCUCAUGGCGCAUGUGGCACCAGAUCUAGUCGAGAUUCUCAUGAGGCAUUCCGACCUCAAGCCUCGGAAACUGAUCCCCGCGUUCCUCGAGUAUAACCGGACUUUUGUUGGCGGCCCGAGUGCGCAGAAUCAGGCGAUAAGGUACCUCAACUACGCGGUGUAUCAGCUCAACUCGAAGGAUGCGGCGGUUCACAAUACGCUCGUCUCGAUUUACGCCUCACAUUCUUCCAAGGACGAGUCUGGACUGUUGUCGUAUCUGCAAGCGCAAGGGGAUGAGCCCCGAUAUGAUCCAGAUUUUGCCCUGCGACUUUGUAUUCAACACCAUCGAACUUUAUCAUGCGUCCACAUCUACACUAGCAUGGGCCAGUAUCUUCAGGCUGUCGAUCUAGCUCUCUCACACAACGAAGUUGAGCUGGCAGCUGUCAUCGCUGACCGACCCAUGUCGAACCCGCAGCUUCGCAAGCGACUCUGGCUCGCGGUGGCCCGAAAGGUGAUUUCACAGUCGAACGGGAUCAAGACGGCUAUCGAGUUCCUCAAGCGUUGUGAUCUGCUCAAGAUUGAGGAUCUCAUCCCCUUCUUCCCUGACUUUGUCGUGAUUGACGACUUCAAGGAGGAGAUUUGUGCGGCGUUGGAGGACUACAGCCGCAACAUUGACAACCUGAAGAAGGAGAUGGACGAGUCCUCGCAAACGGCUACAAACAUCAAGAUCGACAUUGCGGCACUGGACCACCGGUACGCAGUGGUGGAGCCUGGAGAGAAGUGUUACACGUGUGGUUUGCCCUUGCUGAGCCGGCAGUUCUUUGUCUUUCCCUGCCAGCACUCAUUCCACUCGGACUGCCUAGGACGAAAGGUGCUGGAGCAGGCGGGUGUUGGAAAGUCUUCACGUAUCAGGGAACUCCAGAUGCAGAUUCAGAAGGGGUUGGUCAGCGGCACGCAGAGAGAGACUGUGGUGGCAGAACUGGACGCUUUGGUGGCAUCCGCUUGCAUUCUUUGCAGCGACUUGGCGAUCAAGAGGAUCGAUGAGCCUUUCAUUACACAUGACGACGACGUCAAUGAAUGGGCAUUGUAA